GCUGCGGCGCGGGGGAAGGAGACGCUGCCCUUCCGCGGCCAUGGCGCGCAGCGCGGGGAGAGGGCGCCGAGCGGGGCCGCGCGCCUCUCCCCCCCGCCGCGGAGGAGCAUUGCUGGAUGAAGGCUGAUCCCAGGACUCUGAGCCAGGCGUCAGAGAAAAGUUGGGGUCUUUUGUGAGCAGCUCACGCAGCAUCCACAAGAAGUACCCUUUCCUUUGCUGGCUCCUGGAGGUGCCAACAUCCUCGUGCAGACAUGGCAUUUAGAAGGACGGAGGGAAUGUCCAUCAUCCAGGCCUUGGCAAUGACUGUGGCAGAGAUCCCCGUGUUUGUUUACACCACGUUUGGGCAGUCUGUCUUCUCUCAGCUGCGGCUCUCUCCAGGCCUGCGUAAGGUGCUGUUUGCUACAGCUCUCGGGACAGUUGCCUUGGCUCUUGCAGCUCAUCAGCUGAAGCGGCGUCGGCGUCGAAAGAAGCAGAUUGCUCCAGAGAAGUGUGGCUUUAAGCCUGGAGGGAUCACAGUGCCCAUCUUACCAACCAGGAGGGUCUCCUCUGUGAAGAAAGGAUACUCCAGCAAGAGAGUGCAAAGUCCUGGCAGCAAGAGCAAUGACACGCUCAGCGGGAUUUCCUCCAUCGAGCCCAGCAAACAUUCCAGUUCCUCCCACAGCCUCACCUCGAUGGUAGCGGUCAACUCUUCAAGUCCAAUACCAGUAUCAGCAGGGAUGUGGGAGGCCCAGGCAAUGAGAGAUGCUGGAGCCAUUGGUGAUUCCAGUGCAGAAAGCCUCUACAUUCAAGGCAUGGAGCUGUUUGAGGAGGCCCUGCAGAAGUGGGAGCAGGCACUGACCAUCAGGCAGAGGGACAGUGCUAGUACCAGCACCCCCGUGCCCUGGGACAGCAAGAAACAGCAAGAGAGCCUCUCUGAGAACAUCUCAGAGGAGGAGUCCCAGAAAAGGGAGUUUGCCGAGAAGCUGGAGUCCCUCUUGCACCGAGCCUAUCAUCUACAGGAAGAGUUUGGGUCUUCACUUCCAUCAGACAGCAUGCUGCUGGACCUGGAGAAGACUUUAAUGCUUCCAUUGACGGAUGGGUCGCUGCGGCUGCGGACGGAUGAUGAAGACAGCUCAACCUCUGAGGAAUCCUUCUUCUCUGCAGCAGAGCUCUUUGACUCUCUUCACUUUAAGGAAAUGCCAUUCCGCCUCUCUAAGCCAGUAGCAGCAUAUGAAGAAGCUUUGCAGUUAGUGAAAGAAGGGAAAGUUGCGUGCCGGACACUGAGGACAGAGCUCCUUGGCUGCUACAGUGACCAGGAUUUCCUGGCAAAGCUGCACUGCAUCAGGCAGGCCUUCCAGGAGCUGCUGGAGGAUGAAAGCAAUCAAUUGUUUUUUGGGGAGGUUGGGAAACAAAUGGUGAUAGGACUGAUGACAAAAGCUGAGAAGAAUCCCAAAGCUUUUCUGGAAAGCUAUGAGGAGAUGCUGCAUUAUGCACUGAAGCAAGAGACCUGGCCAACCACUCAGCAGGAGCUGGAGGGAAGAGGGGUGGUGUGCAUGAGCUUCUUUGAUAUUGUGCUGGACUUCAUCCUCAUGGAUGCUUUUGAGGAUCUGGAGAACCCGCCCUCCUCCGUGCUGGCUGUGCUGCGCAACCGCUGGCUCUCCGACAGCUUCAAGGAGACGGCUCUAGCAACUGCCUGCUGGUCAGUUCUGAAAGCAAAAAGGCGGCUUCUGAUGGUACCAGAUGGUUUUAUCUCUCAUUUCUACUCCGUAUCGGAGCAUGUCAGUCCUGUUCUAGCCUUUGGUUUUCUGGGGCCCAAGCAGCAGCUAUCUGAAGUCUGCAGUUUCUUCAAGCACCAGAUAGUGCAGUAUCUAAAGGACAUGUUUGAUUUGGACAACGUGAGAUACACAACAGUGCAGUCACUGGCAGAAGACAUUCUGCAGCUCUCGCGGCGGCGCAGUGAGAUCCUCUUGGGAUAUCUGGGCACCGAGACUUCCCCGGAGAUGAAUGGCACGCUUCCUGGUGAAAAUGAGCCACUGAAGGAGCUCAUCUGAUCUCAGUCAGGGGAGGAAGACUGUUUUGUACAAGGACCUUUCUCCUUCUAGAGAUGGAUAAAACUAUCUGCAAUGUGCUGUGGUGGCAACAAGACUUUUCUCAACACACAGCAACCAUGGUGGGACCUUCUGCUUUGUGUAGCCGGUAGUGUUUGCUGGGAUGGAUCCAGGACCACUUGCCAGCUUAUGGUUUGAACUUCUUGUUUGUUCCAUCUUUCUGUUCUUAUUAUUUUUAAUGUGUCAUAUAAACCACGAACUGCCUGGGCCUAGAUUUUUGCACAAUUCCCUUGGAUAGGGACAACACACACACACCCAUUUCACCUGUGUUUUCUGGGAGGUAGUCCCUGAUGUUUAUGGAUGUGUGUGGGAGCAGGAACAUCGUUAGUAAAUUCUGCACUUGACCGUUGGCUUCUCAAAGAGGCUUUGUUUGCUUUGAGGUUUUUAUUAUUGUUCUUUGCUGUGUUGCUACAGACAUGACUGCUGAUUUUUACUUUACGUGUUUUAACACAUGCAAUGUGACUAGCAAAGGUUUCUUUCCCGAGGAGAAAGAAAUACUUCUGUAAAGCACUGAAGUAAAAUGCACACUUCUGCAACCAGUCUAAAGCUCUAAGGAAGUUUGUCUGUUCCCUUGAUGUUGCUGCUGUUUGCAGGCCAGAUGACAGGCUCUGUGCCAUGGUCAUCCUUGCUUAGGAGAUUGCUGAGGUCUACGUUUGCCCCUAAGGCAAGCUAUUGUGAGGAAGGGAUGGAUUUGCAUCCUGCCUGUGCACGCACAAAGUCUUUAAUGUCCAUCAAAGUGCCUUGCUGUAUUUCAGAAUGAGCCAGCAGCAGGUUUUGCUGGGUAGGAGGUGUGGGGUGCACACGAGCAGAGGGAACCGGUGUAGCGUGCUGCUUAGUCCUAUUAUACACAACGUAGUAAGAGGUGUAGAUGUUGGAUGUGAUGUAUGAAAGGGAUUAUGUGUGCAGGUAGCUGGAUAGCUGGGAUCAAGCUGCUAGAGAGGAGAGGACUUGCUGUAGUCUGUCAGUCUUAAGAAACAUAGUGUGGUUUUGGGUAUAGAUCAAAUGCAUGUGUAUGUGUGGCCCUGUAAUGCUGGGACAGGCUCUUCUCAAAUGAUGUGAUCCUGAGUGUGCAGCCAGCGCCUGAAAUCUGGCUGCUUUGAGACAUGUGCCGAGUUGGAUACUAGCAUAGGAGAGCAGCACGGACUUCUGUGUGUCCUGGACUUCAGGGAGUCCUGGGUAUUGUCUGAAGCUUGUGGUGAUCUGCUGAGUCCUCUCUGAGUGCAGUGCUGUGGAUGAAGGGUGAAGGUCCAGCCUGUGCUUUCUCCUGUUUUAAUGCACAGACAGCUCCAAGUCCCAGCCUCAGAAUGAGGAGGUGUUCAGGGAGAAGAAAAUGAGGACUUUCACAAAAACAUGGGCUUCACUGUUUUAUCUCCAGACUGAUGAGUUAUCCCUUGUGUUUGUUCUAGAUAAAAGGCAUAACUCUUAUCUAGCCAUGUUUUUGUAAGGGGGACAAAAAAAAAGUAAGAAUCUGGAGUUUCCAUUUGAGUAGAAAGUCAGUGCAUGGGCUUGGAGAAUACAAAUGUUGUCUGUCUUCCUCUUCAGAUACCUAAUGUGGAUCCUGCUGGUAAAAGCAGGAAGGAAGUAAGCAGGGAAAAAGUAAACACGAGGAUGUCAAAGGAGUAGAUAAAUGCUCCUGAGAUGCUUGCAGAGGGCAAGCGUAGAGCACGUAACAUCUGUUGGUUUAUAAGCACAUCAGACUGAUGUGGCUUAUCCUGAAGACCAGAUUAAUGCUGUAAACAAGACAGUGCUGAGGCAGAAGUGAGGAGCAGCUGACCCAAGUGAGGCUGAGUGAAAUAAGCUGUUAUGAGGAGGACUGAAGAGGCAGCAAUUGAAACUAGGAAAGGUCUCUGAGGUGUCCUGCUACUGGCAGCAUGAUGUGAGAGGAGAAACAGUGGAUGUUGUAUCAGCACGACACACCUGCUCUAUGUAAAUGUGGUUCAAAAGUAUGUUAUAUUCUGAAAGCAAGUUACUUUGGGGGGGAAAAAAGGUUUAUAGUGCUUUGUGCUCUUGUGUGGCUGGUUUAGAAGAAAGAGUAACUUCAGCAGCUUUGUAUAAUGGUUAAAAAGAUGCUAAAAUGUGAAGAUGUGAUAAUAUGGAUUGUAAUUCUAAAGAAUCAAUGCUGUUAAUUUCUCAUUUUUAGAGUUGUUUUAUGUGUAUUUAUUUGCUACUUUGAGUGUCUUUUGGCCUCAGUGCUCGAGGCAGCAUGCCUGCUCUGUGUACAGAGAAGAACACUGGCUGCGGACUUUGGUCUUUCACAUUGCUGUGGGAAGAGCACAGUGAAACAGGGUUCCAUGAAGCAACACUAACUUGCACUGUGGCUUUUUAAGCUAAGAAAUUGUAAAUUCCCAAUCAAUCAAAUGGAAGAAAGACAGGGUUUUUUAUAGCUUUAUGCUUUUCCUUAGCUCUUAUUGCAAGUAGGGUACACUGCCCUCCCAGCGAAGGUAAAGAGGAGUCUUCCCUGAGAACCUCUGCAGCUUAUUGAGCGUAUGUCUGCAGAGACAAACUGAUUCUCUCUUUACUGGGGAGGAUGUUAAACUCCUCUGCAUGCCCUGCCCUGCCCUCUGCUAUUUCAUUGCUUUCUCCUUCCCUACUCCCUGUGUAGCUUGAGAGGAAAGGUGUUUGCAGCCUCCUGAAGGAUACUGUUGGGAUCAGUGGGUUCAGAGGAGCUGUUCCUAUGGAAGAGGCUCUCCCUGACCUGAGGGGUGGUGAUCAGUGACCUGCUGCUUUCGGCUCCUUUGGCUGCAACCCUGAGCAGAGACUUGGGUUGCUUCCACUGAUCCUGUCAAGAGCAGGGCUUGGCCCAAAUGGCAACCACGUACUCAUUGGUUUGCAGGGUAAAAGGUGAUGAUAAGACAAAUUCCUGCCCUCUGGCUUUGUAAGACAUCACUAGAAAAUCCUCCUCUCCCCAGUAUAUUCUGUUUAGCAAAGGAAAUUCUUCAGUAUUAGUAGCAGAUGAGAUACUCAUUCAGGUAGAAUCUCUAGAGAUAAGCAUUUGCCUUUUUUAUAAUGAACCCUUAUUCUCAAGGAGUUAAAUCAUUCUGGGCUGACACUUGCACGAUUUUAACACUGAUGGGGAUUUCAAGUGGCUUUGCAGCUAUGAAGUAAAAUCCUUCCGUAGUUUCUGAUGCUUAAACAGAAUUUCAAAUAUGCAUGAUUUUUGUUUUUUAUGUGGGGGUUGUAACAAGCUUCACCAGUGGUUACAGUACAUCCUCGGUGCUUUAGCAUGUAUGUAGAGACUGCACCAAAUGGCUCUGGGGAGGGUGUUUAUGAUCUUUAAAGCACAAAUACAUUAAUAAAAAGAGGAAAAAUCUGUAUCAGUGUGGCUUUGAAGAGCAUGACUUGUGCUGUCUCAUACAAGGAGGUGGGAAAGCAGGAUUUUAUUCACCCCUCUUCAGUAGAACAUUCCUUUGCUGUAUCCGAAACUAAUGAAUGUAAACUUGUGCCUAUUUUUUCUUGAUUUCCUAAAGGUGUAAAAAAAAAAUAAUUCAUUGUUUUUCUUUUUUCUUUUUCUUUGCAGCUAUUUUUUUUUUUUUUUAAAUACCUUUGAUCUUAGGAUGUGGGCAUUACAAGUAAAUAAAACUUUCCUUCAUGA